GAAAAAUGGCUUUGUGAAGGUUAAAAGAAAGCCCGUGUUAUUGCUGCACUGUAAACAAACAAGAGGACAAGUGACAGCCUUCUCCCCCCCCUCGAGGUGUGGCACGAGAGUGGGCGUGUCUCAUAAAUAAUACCACGCAGUGCUGGGCUUAACCCCGCCCCGUUUCUCUUCUCUCCGCUCCUGUGCCCGUGUGACGUCGCUUGAGCCACCCGUGUCCGUUCCAUCUGAGCUUCCUAGAGGAGAGGACACGGCUGGACACACGCGCAUUCACGCGCACACACGCGGAUGCAAAUGAGCAAAAAAAAAAAAAAAAAAAGUCCAGCCAGAGAAGAAGGAAGAAACGACCCCGCCCACUCCACGCCGUCCCUCCUCCCACCUUCCCCGCCACGGACAAGUCAGCUCGAGCACAGCAGAGAAGAAACAUCAACUUAUCAUUUCUACCACCGAAGCUAACGCCGAAGCUUUUCUUUUAUUCGUCUCUUUUUAUUUGGCCUCAAUUUCCUGUGGAUAACAUUCUACUUUUUCCUCGCCCUUUUUGGCGCAUUUUUAUUUCUCGCUCUCUUUUUUUUUUUGCUUAGUUUUUCCUCCCACGGAGGAGUGCAAUGGAAUACUUGGAAGCUAGGAAAUAAAGGGCGCCUACUUGUCAUCGCAUAAAGUCAUCCGAACUCUUAUUGGCCAAACCGCCCCCACCCCCACCCUACAGGUGUCUCACCCCCACCGUGUGGUCCAGGAUGUCCAGGCAGCUCACCCAGCAGCUUCCCACCCCGGACUUGCCUGCCGGCGCCAGCCCCCAGUUUGGAACUUGCACCCAGCCCGCCGGCACUCUCACAGGGGGGCACCUCGGCUCCAUGGCGGGGCUCAAGUCCCUCCUGCAGCACCCCAUGAAGGGGGACCAGAGGCUGAGGAGCCCCUGUGAUAUCAAAGACAAGGAGCGAGCUAUGGACCUGGAUGAGGAUUCCUUGGGGGUGUGCCCCAUGAGGAACGCAGCCGGAAUAAACGGCAGCGGGGGCUGCAACGGUGCUAGCGGAAGCGGGAAUUUCAACCAGUUCCUGGGGCCUCUCUUGUGGGAUCGCACCGUGGCGGCCGACGGGGGCCUUUUCCAGCUGCAGUACAUGGACUUGGAGGAGUUCCUGACCGAAAACGGAAUGGGCAACAUGCACAACAACAACAGCUCCAGUUCGGCCCAGAUCCCCUCCCAGAGCUCCCAGUCGGCCGUGCCCAACCAGAGCUCCCAGUGCCUGCCGCCCUCGUCUCCGCCCGGCUCGUCGUCCUCGUCGCCCUCGUCUUCUCCGUCUCUUCUGGGUUUGGAGGUGGCCCAGCCUCAGAGCCUCACAGGAUCGGGCGACUGUCUGCACGGGAGCCAGACGAGUAUGAACGACUCCUGCGAGUCCCCGUCCUCCUCCUCCUCCUCCCCGUCCUCCUCCUGCCCCCCCCUGCUGACGCCCACCGGCAGCGGGCCGGACGGGAUGGGGAUGUUCGACAUGGACCCCUCGGACAUCAUUCUGUCCAACGGGCCCGGCCAGCAGAACUUCGACCCCAGGAGGCAGUCCUUCAGCGAGGAGGAGCUCAAGCCGCAGCCCAUGGUCAAGAAGGCGCGCAAGAUCCUGGUACCGGAUAACAUGAAAGAUGAGAAGUACUGGAGCCGGCGGUACAAAAACAACGAGGCGGCCAAACGCUCCCGGGACGCCCGCCGCCUGAAGGAGAACCAAAUAUCGGUGCGCGCCGCCUUCUUGGAGCGGGAGAACGCCGCCCUGCGACAGGAAGUGGCAGAGAUGCGCAAAGAACUGGGGCGCUGCCGCAGCAUCCUUAGCAAAUACGAGAACCGUCUGGCCGACCAGUGAUGAGGACGACGACGACGACGACGAUGAAGGGGCGCCAAAGCAACGGAAUAGAAACAUAAGCUGAAAGAUUCUUUCUUCUGAAGACUUGAGGAGGAUGGACAAUGAUGAUGAUGAUGAUGAAUGUAUGAGGGUGAGGAUGAGGAUGAAGCUCAGGUGUUUUCUUCUUCUUGUUCGUGUUUGUUGAGCUCUUAAAGGUGACGGACGGACGGACGGAGAGAAUCAUUGACAGACGUGACUUUUAAGGCUUUUGCUAUUGGAGAAUUGUAUAUUUUUAUAAUACUUGUGAACAAUGUAGAAGGAGACUAGACAUUUGGAGAAUCAUUUUGUAUAUUUUCUACAUGAGGAGACGCCGGGGGGUGGCUGGCGAGGACGGGCGUGUAACACGUUAGGAAGGUUUGUGUAAAAUAGAUGAUCUUCACCUGCUAGACUUCCACUUUGUUCCGCGUUUGACUUCCGGACUCCACGCAGAAGCACUUUCACCUUCUUUCUCCUUUUUUCGUGUCGCCACGCCCGCACGUCCCGUGCGGCGUUUCGGUUAUUAGACGUUGUGUAAACAUCAACCCCCCCCCCCCCCCCCCCCCCCCCUUACCCCCACUGUCCCACGCCUUUGACUUCCUUCUUGUUGUCCGGCCUCACAUCUUCUACUUUCUACUUCAUUCCUUCCUUUAGCAGCCGGACUCCACGCUACUGCAGUAUUCCCCUGUUGUACUGCAUUAAUACACUACUAUGCUUUGUCAUCACCCUACCGCCCCCCCCCCACACAACCCCUCCUGCCGAGACAAUCACCAGAUGAGCUACAAUGAUAAGAUCCUUCCCACAGAUGUGCUAUAUUCAUAUACUAGAAUAACAGGGUUUUCAUGUGCAAUUUCAUUCUUUUCAUGUCAUUGCAAAUUCAAUAAUUAGCAUGACUUUCACGUGGGAAACAUAUGCUUAUAAUAAAUCUAAUAAAUAUAUAUAUAUAUUUAACACUAAUGGGCCACUUAUUACCAGGAUUACAAAUAUUUUUGAUAAAUAUAUCAUCAAAUAAUUAGCACUUUAGGACCUUUCUGAUGAUAUAUUUGAAUAAUAUAAUGCUAAAUAGUCCAUGUUUUAAAUAAGUUUGUAUGAAUAAUUAGCACAUUACAAGACACUGACUUUAAAAACUAUUUUGAUGAAUAAUAUGCUAAAUUACUUUUUUUUUUUUUUUUUACAUUAAAGCGAUUCCUAAUGUGCUAAUUGUUCUCAUUAUGUUAUUAUUAUUAUUAUUAUUAUUAUUAUUAUUAUACAGUAUACAGGACUUCCACUUUAGGAACUUUUUAAAACAUAUUUUUUUAAAUAACCACAAAAACAGAGAGAUGUCAAAGAAAGGCUUCACUACACAUCUUAAAAUAAGGCGAAAGAUUCCAACAUGUACUUAAAUAUGUAAAAGGUACAAGUGUUACAGUGGUUGGAUACUACAGUAUUUCCCUCAAUGUGUCAUACUGAAAUCCCAAAUAUUUCCAAAGUACUUUUCUACUGUACCCCCAAAGAUACUCACACACACACACAAAGUAAGGAAUACUCAGCAGUACUGCUAAAUCCUCUUCUGGUGAGAAUGACUGUUGUUCUUCUAUGACGAUGCUCCACCUCGAUACAACCUUCCCUCCUGUGACCUCUGCCAAGGACAUCAAGGACUGGUGUCCUCUCCUCGUGACCCCGCUGGACUAUGCACGCCAUCGCCAUCGUCCUUUUCUUGAUUUCUUUCUUGACCUCCUUAUCGCCGCCCGGAAACCUGAUGUUUGCUCUCUCGCUUCCCAAUAUCCUCCCAGAUGUGCUUGGUGAUGAAUCUAUAGACUAACUCUAAUUGGUGUACAUCUACCCCCCCCCCCCCCCACCGUGACAUGGGUGGGCUCCACGCUGUCCAAGCCACCAUGUGCUGCUUCUAUGGAUGUACUCCCUACAAAAUACCAAUAAAAGAGUCUUCUCUUUUUCAGUU